CCGAGGAGGAGUCCGGGCGGGGAGGUCACGACCGGCGAGGCGGUCCCUAAAAGCGCUUGUGAGCACGCUUCACCUGGUGCGCAACGUACGGUGGGGUCGGUGACACCUUCGAGAAAAAGGAAACCGGUGUGCAGGCUUUUAUACCUGCAUUUCAUUUGGCCGUGGACAACCCAAGGUACGACGCACGUGCCACCACCGCACGUGCCCCCGACCGUGCCACAGCAGGGAGGGAGGAGCGUGCUGAGCAUUAGCGAGAUGAGCGAGGUGCUGAAGAGGAAGUUUGAGGAGGUGGAGGGCUGCUCGGGGCUCUCAUCCCCGAAGGACUCGGACGAUGACCUCUCGAGCAGCGACAGCGGGGACAGCGGGGACAGCGUCAACGCCCCGGCUGACGGACUCUUCCCACAGUCGUCGUCCUCCUCCUCAACAGCGGCGGGACCCUCGGCGUCGAAGCGCGCGCGCGGCAAGAACGUGCGCUUCGACCAGGUGACGGUGUACUACUUCUUGCGGCGGCAGGGCUUCACCAGCGUGCCCAGCCAGGGCGGCAGCACGCUGGGCAUGGCGAGCUGCCACGACCGCGUCGCCGUCUACUCGCUGGGCGAGUUCGCCCAGGAGCGCGAGCGUGCCCACCAGCACAUGCUGCGCCAGCACCUCAAGGAGGAGCGGCUCAACGCGCUGCGCCUCCAGCUGAUGCAGAGCGGCGCUGCCGAGCCCGAGCACACGCACGGCCUAACGGUGGACGACAUCCCGGACGAGGAGGUGGACGCUCGCGCCCUGGACGUGGACGACUACUUUUUCCUGCAGCCGCUGCCGACGCGCAAGCGGCGCGCCAUGCUGCGCGCGUCGGGCGUGCGGCGCAUCGACGGCGACGAGAAGCAGCAGCUGCGCGCCAUCCGCGUGUCGCGCGAGGAGUGCGGCUGCGACUGCCGCUCGCACUGCGACCCCGAGACGUGUGGCUGCAGCCAGGCCGGCAUCUCCUGCCAAGUGGACCGCCUGUCAUUCCCGUGCGGCUGCACGCUGGACGGCUGCGGAAACGCGUCGGGGCGCGUCGAGUUCAAUCCGGUGCGCGUGCGAACGCACUUCAUCCACACCAUCAUGCGGCUCGAGCUGGAGAAGAAGGAGGCAGGCGUGCCGUACCUCGGUGGGGGUGACGCUGGGCAACUCGUGCCGCCGCACACCGACGCCGGAGACUCCUUCUCAGCCGACGCAGCCAACGUCGCCGGGCUGAGCUGCGUGAUGGCUGCCAGCGGUGCUCACAUGGCGCACCCCUUCCUCAGUGACGCGGCCAUCGUGCAGGAAGGAGAAUUUUUUCCCGCCUGCCCCGCGGCAGUUUCGAUGCACGCGGGCGCUAGCGACGGGGAGCUGCCACCGGACUCCCCGGCAGCAGGUGGCUAUAGGAUCAUGCCGUUUUUUCAAGUGCCGGGCGCGGACGCCCAGGUCGAGGUUGCCAGCGACACGCCGCCUCCCCACGCCUUGGACUCCUCCAUGUUCAGUCUGCCGCCGUCCGACUGUGCGCCCGUCCGCAUCUUCCCCAGCGCGUCCUCCUCCCUGCCGAUGGCCGGCCUUUUCUCAAACGGCGACUUUGUGGCGGCGUGCGCGCCGACGUGUUUGCCAAACCAGGGCACAGCUCACGCCGAGCUGCCCUUCAUAACGACCACCACCGUCGCCACCACCGUCGCCACCACCACCGUCGCCUUGCAAGAAGUGCCAACGGUGCCGUUUCAGCUCGGCGAAACGCCCUCGCCUCCCGAGGACGGGGAGAAUCCCGGCUCGCACGCCGCGCGGGAUUUUCCCCUCGCCCUGGUCACGGAAAAGUUCGCCGAGCCGAUACACGAGUCCGCGUCGGCGCCGAUGCGCGACUGCGCGGGAGAGGACGUGGCGCCACGCGUGACCAUAGCGGAAGAAUUGGAGGGCUCCCCUCCGGCUCUUCACGUCUGCGAGGUGGAUGCGCUCCCGGCGGAGCCCCUCGGCUCGGCCGAGGCGCCGAGCGCGAUCGACUCGAGGGAAGGGCAGUCCAUUGGCGGAGACGAGCACCGGGGCGAGGGCGAGCCGUCCGCGAGUGCGCCGGAGGGUGGCACGGCGGGCGAGCCGUCCGCGAGUGCGCCGGAAGGUGGCACGCCGGGCGAGCCGUCCGCAAGUGCGCCGGAGGGUGGCACGGCGCGCGAACAGCAGCCGCCCGCCACAUGGCGAAGGGCAGGAGACGGGCGCGGUCAGGUUUCUCCGCCGCCGGUUGCCAAAGAUUUUCGGGAUGAAGAGGCGGCGGUGUGCGAAGCGCAGCACGAGCCCGGCCCCGACAAGCUGCCUCUCACCACGAAGCCUAAGGAGGAUGUUUAAUUGUGAGAAACCCAUUCCGAGCCCAACUAUGACUGUUGCAGCCGGCACGUCGAGCCAGAGGUAUUUAUUUCACUCGUGAGCUUUACACGGGGAGUGCAAAAGCGAUUCUCGCUGCUGCGAACUAAAACGGAGAGCGAGAGAUGCGGUAGGCAUGACGAAUGGGGGCCAGAAAUCCACGGAAGUGCUCAUCCGGUCGUGGCGUCCACGUGUUUGUUUUCAGAGUAAGACGUGGUCUCUGCGUAGGGUUAAUUGUCGUUAUGGAGGUUGUUGGCUCUGGUUAAGUCUUGCACAUGGUUACAUUUUAAACAAAUCAUUUUGUUCGCUGCUUCUGUGGAUUUCUAUUGCCUCUAAAGGAGACUGUGUGAGAAAUCCACACUCUUGAGCUUAUUUUGGAGCCGUCCAAUGUUUUUGCAAAAUAAUGUUACGAUUGAAAAUAGAAUUGUAAUAAUGAACCACGUGGUGUUCAUAUAUAAAGGAAAAAAAUAGAAAUAUUUACUGGCGUGUGUGGUAUGUAUAGAGUUUUAUCUUGAAAUACCUACCGUUGGGAGUGACAGCACACCAGGGGGCGCUUUAAAUAUAAAACUUGAAAUAUUUUAGAAAGUUUCCGAGUGCUGGGUGAGGCGUAUUAUGACAACGUGCACUCUUGUUUUGAGAUGUUUAUGCUGCUCUCAUUGAGCAUCAACAGGGCCCACUAUGUUACGCCUAUGCUAUUGACACGUGGGUGGUUUCCACGGAAAUGAUCAUGGGGAGGAUCCCCCUUUGCUGUUUACAGCCGAGAUAGUGGUGGCCAUUCCAUGUUCCUAGAAUGGGGUGAGGGGCGAAUGAAUCCAUGAGAAAACUGUUUUCAAGAUGCUCAUAAAAUGCACAUUUUCAUUCCCCUUCAGCUGUGCAUACGGGAAAUUUUAAUUAACUCUUAUACGACACUAAAUGGCAAUUUUGUGAAUUGAACUUUAACCUUGUGAGAGCCAUUGAGUUUCAUGUUUUAUGUUACAAUACUGUGCAGUGUGCAGUAUAAAUGAUGAUAAAUAAACCGUUUUUUUUUAUCCCACUGUGAAAUUUUGAGGAAA